GGAGGACUAAAUAGACGCGGAAAAGUAGCCGUGAGCUUCCCGUGGGAGACCUUCUCCGUCUGAGAGCGCUCCUCCUCGGGACUCUGCCUCCGCGAUCGGAACCGCCGAGUGGGCAGCGGUGCAGCGGAACCGGUCCGCACCACUGGCGAACUUCACCGCUGCGGUUGGCAGACGUAUCAUUAGUUUCACCGUCACCAGCCACCGCCGUGUGAGCACGGUGAACGUCGCCGGUGGACCGACCUCGGUGAUGCGAAGAUGGCAUCGGUGCGGGUGGCAGUCCGCGUGCGGCCGAUGAACCCACGGGAGAAAGAACUGUCUGCUCAGUGCAUCAUUAACAUGGAAGGAAACAAGACCACCAUUACGAACUCAAAAAUACCAGAUGGCAUGACUGGAGACUCCAUGAGAGAGAGAACCAAAACGUUCACCUACGACUUUUCUUACGAUUCGGGUGACUGCAUGGCCUCCAGCUUCGUCUCACAGGAGAAGGUGUUUAAGGAUCUGGGCUCAGACGUGCUGAAGGCAGCAUUUGAGGGCUAUAAUGCCUGCAUCUUUGCUUACGGACAGACGGGAUCAGGGAAAUCCUACACCAUGAUGGGCAGCCCUGGAGAUGUGGGGUUGAUUCCACGGAUCUGCGAGGGAUUGUUCACCCGGAUAUCCGGGAUGACCCGCCGCGACGAAGCUUCCUUUCGCACGGAGGUCAGUUAUUUGGAGAUCUAUAAUGAACGCGUGCGGGACCUGCUGAGGCGGAAGCUGGCCAAGACGUACAACCUGCGCGUGAGGGAGCACCCCAAAGAUGGCCCCUACGUUGAGGACCUGUCGAAGCACCUGGUCCAGAACUACGCGGACGUGGAGGAGCUGAUGGAGGCAGGCAACAUCAACCGUACCACAGCCAGCACCUGCAUGAACGACACCAGCAGCCGCUCGCACGCCAUCUUCACCAUCAACUUCACGCAGGCCAAGUUUGAUGCAGAGAUGCCUUGUGAGACCGUGAGUAAGAUCCACCUGGUGGACUUGGCAGGCAGUGAGCGGGCAGACGCUACCGGCGCCACCGGCGUCCGCCUCAAAGAGGGCGGCAACAUCAACAAGAGCCUAGUUACCCUCGGCAACGUCAUAUCAGCACUGGCUGACAUGUCUCCGGAUGGAGGGAGCAGUCAGGUAAAGAAGAAGCAAGUGUUUGUUCCGUACAGAGACUCCGUUCUCACGUGGCUCCUCAAAGACAGCCUGGGUGGAAACUCCAAAACCAUCAUGAUCGCAACCCUCUCGCCGGCCGAUGUGAACUACGGCGAGACACUGAGCACGCUACGCUACGCCAACCGCGCCAAGAACAUCAUCAACAAGCCCACCAUCAACGAGGACGCCAACGUGCGGCUCAUCCGGGAGCUCCGGGCGGAGAUCGCACGCCUCAAGGCCCUGCUUGUGCAGGGCAACCAGAUAGCGCUGCUGGACUCGCCCACAGCUCUGAGUAUGGAGGAGAAACUGCACCAGAACGAAGCCAGGGUGUUGGAGCUCACUAAGGAGUGGACAAACAAAUGGAAUGAAACGCAGAACAUUCUCAAGGAGGAGACUCUAGCUCUGAGGAAGGAGGGGAUUGGCGUAGUCCUCGACUCUGAGCUUCCUCACCUUAUCGGUAUCGAUGACGACCUGCUCAGCACGGGCAUCAUCCUCUACCACUUAAAGGAGGGGCGGACAUGUGUUGGGCGGGAAGAUGCCAGCACCGAGCAGGACAUUGUUCUGCAUGGCUUGGGCCUGGAGAGCGAACACUGUCUGUUUGAGAGCCAGAACGGUACGGUGACCCUCAUUCCCCUGGGUAAAGCACAGUGCUCCGUGAAUGGUGUCCAGGUGAUGGAGCCCUGCCAGCUGAACCAAGGUGCUGUAAUCCUGCUGGGCAGGACCAACAUGUUCAGGUUUAACCACCCGAAAGAGGCAGCUAAACUGCGGGCAAAAAGAAAGAGUGGUUUGCUGUCUUCUCUGAGUCUCUCCAUGACUGAUCUCUCCACGUCCUGCGAGAACCUCUCCACAGUCAUGCUCUACAACCCUGGCCUCUACACAGACAGGGGACCCGUCUUCCUCAGGCUGGAGUUCGAGAGGCAGCAGCGAGAGGAGCUGGAGAAGCUGGAGACCAAAAGGCGGCUGAUCAAGGAGAUGGAGGAGAAGCAGAAGAGCGAGAAGGCGGAGCUGGAGCGCAUGCAGCAAGAGGUGGAGUCUCAGAGGAAGGAGUCAGAGCAGGUGCAGCUGCGCAUCCGCCGGCAGGAGGAGCGCCUACAGCGCCGCAGUCAGGACAUCGAGGGCCGCUUGCGGGACCUGCUCGCCGAGAGGGAGCGCUUCCAGGAGGAGCGCCACAGGGAGCAGCAGGACCAGGAGCAGCAGCGGCGCAGGAGGAGGAGGCAGCAGGUACGGCAGCAGCUGGAGGCGGAGCCAGCUGUGGAGGAGGCGGGGCCACAGGCUCGGGAGGAGGCGGAGGGGGCGGUGCCGGUGCGGCGGGAGCUGGCGGAGGGGGCGGAGCUCUUCAGGGAGCUGGAACGACUGAAACGAGAGAGCGAGGAGCAGGCCGUGAAGAUCCAGCUGGAGAGGAGGCGUCUGGAAGAGAGGGAGCGAGAGCAGCUCUCCCUGGUGGGCCGGCUGGAGGAGCAACUCAGAGAGCGCAGCGAGGAGGCGGCCUCCCUGCUGACCCGCGACGACGCCCGCCGGCUGGAGGAGGAGCGCCGGGCGCUGGCCGACAUCCGCGAGGAGCUGCUCCGCGCCAAGGAGGCGCGGCUGGAUGGCGAGGGAGAGGAGGCCAGUGAGGAGGCGCUGCGUAGCGCCAGGGGGCGCUACCAGAGGUUCAAGCAGGAGCAGGUGCAGGAGCUGGCAGCCCUGGAGCAGGGACUCCGCCUGCAGCGGGAGCGGCUGGAGAAGGAGGUGUCUGCCGACCGAGCCUCCCUCAGACUCCUGCAGGGCUCCCACAGGGAGAAGCAGAAGCUGGUGCGUGAGGCGAUGGAGCGGGGCCCUCAGGACACCUCCUCCCUCAUCCAGGAGGAGGCGUUGCUCUCUCAGACCGAGUACAGGCUGCAGUGCAAGGAGCGUCAGCUGCUCUCCCUGUGCCAGGGCCACCUCCCCGCCGUCGCCGAGGAGCUCCAGAGGACCACUGAGGUGCUGGACAGGGUCUGGACUCGAGGGGAGGGCCAGGUGGAGAAGGAGCUGGACGAAACGCUGUAUCAGAUAGAGAAGGAGCUAGAGGACAAGGAGGAGCGUCUGUCCCGACACUGCGCCAGCGCCGAGCAGCUGCAGCAGCUCCAGCAGACCUACGAGUUCACGGCCAACGUGGCGCGGCAGGAGGAGAAGGUGCGCCGCAAGGAGCAGGAGAUCCUGGAGACGCGGGAGAGGCAGCAGAGGGAGGCGUUGGAGCAGGCAGUGGCGCGCCUGGAGAGGAGGCACUCGGCCCUGCGCCGCAGCCUCAGCCUGGAGCCCGAGAGCGAGGAGGCCCGGAGGCCGGGGCAGGGCGGGACCAGGGGCGGGGCCACCGUGCCCGAGCUGGACCAAGAGAGGAUGGAGAGGGAGAUUGCGCAGCUGAAACAGAGGCUCAGUGAGAGUGAAGCGAGUGGGUGGAGCCUGUCGGCGGGCGGAGACGAGAAGAACGGAGUGGCCAACUGUGCAGUAAGCCCCAUCCAGGGCCUCUCUGCAGCGUUGCCUCUGACAGACGACAGGAUAAAUGCAUUUAUUGAAGAGGAGGUUCAAAGGAGGUUGCGGAAGAUCAACUUGCUUAACGGGGACAGUAACGUCAGUCUCUCAGUCUCCUCAGACUCACUGCAGGAGGAUGAAGAAGUUAGUGAGAAUAGCUCUGUUAGCAUGAACUGUGAGUUACAAGACAACCAUGCACAUGUGGAUCGACGCAGGUCGAAGUAUGAGCGCUUGGUGACUGCACCAUCCAGUCUGACCCCGGACAGGCUGAAGGAGCCAGUGAGGAUCAGCAUCCCGCGCUACGUCCUGUGUGGGCAGGGCAAGGACGAGCACUACGAGUUUGAGGUCAAGAUCACUGUUCUGGAUGAAACGUGGACGGUGUUUAGACGCUAUAGCCGCUUUAGGGAAAUGCACAAAUCCCUCAAAAUGAAAUACCCUGAGCUUGCAGUGCUAGAGUUCCCUCCCAAAAAGCUCUUUGGUAACCGGGAUGAGAAGGUGGUUGCUGAGCGACGGAACCACUUGGAGCGGUACCUGAGGGGCUUUUUCCAGGUUCUGCUCUCCUCCUCUUCUACCUCCUCUCCUCUGCGAGCAGACGAGUCCGGUCUGCCGCUCUCCAAACACGCCGUGUGCGAUGUCUCGCCCUUCUUCAAGAAGGGAGUGUUCGACUACAGCAGCCACGGGACCGGCUAACUGCCACCACUCCCUCGCGUGCACACACACACACACACACACACACACACACUCCUGUGCACACUUGUACACACCAGUCACCUGCACGAUUGUGUUCUCUCUCUCUCUCUCACUCUCUCUCUCACUCUCACUCUCACACACACACACACUUGCAGGCUUCAUUUAGGCGGGGGGGGGGGGGGGUGUUCAGGGAGGAGGGUGGUCCACUGUGCCGUUUAGCUCAGACUCGACGUAGAGACCAGACUACCGGGCAGGCGGCGUUAGUGGCUUUAAAAGGGCACGCGUUACGUGAAGUGAUGUUGCACGUAGUAACAUGAUGGUGUGUUUCUUCUGGCGGUUUUCUGUUCGUUUCUAAGGAGAUAACGAUCUGAACCUGUGAUCUGACAGCGAGUGCCAUGAUGCUGAGAGAACCCAGCGCGCGGACUGGCCCCGUGCACUCCGUUCGGUCACGUUUUCAAGUCUUGUGUGCGUAAACCUGCGAGAUCAGAUGUUUCCGGUUACUGACAGUCGGGUCGUUGGUCAGAAACUCGAUCUUCUGGAUUUGGGGGUGGGAGUGAGCAAAGGAAGUAAAAUCCGACUUGAAUACUACACUCAGCUAAUCCAGAUGUAGCCACGGUAACUGGGUAGGUCCGGCUGUUUCUCUAGUGCCAAUACGUUAAAAUGUACAUCUCAGACAAAGACUGCUGACCUAGGAUAAGUAUUGAGCAGUCACAUCUUGAUGGAUGUCUAAGAAAAGGUUGAACAUGUGUAUCCAGAAAUAUGUGUGUGUGAGUGUGAAGACGAGAUGGCUGAUCCUAGGUCAGGACAGUCUCUCUGAGCUCACGCUGUAGCGUGUGCUACUGCUCCGCUGCUCCGUGCUGUGCCACACUAGAUCACUACUACCAGAACCGUCAUCAUGGUUACAGGGAUUUGGGCCUGGCGUAUACAGGUUUUCCCACAGAACUCCUGUAAGCAUCAAGGCCAGACUCCAACUACUGUGUCAGAAGAAUGUGUCUUUUUGUAGUGAAAUGAGUUCAGCUUGCCGAUGUCUUCCGACAAAAGGAAAGAACAACACUACAGUGUCCCAUGGUGGUGGUCUCUUAUCCUUUGAGUGAGCAAAAAUUCUCAUUUCAUAAAAGAAAGAAUGAACUAGCAGCAAGUCCUGGAGACAUGGCAUCAUCUGUCACUUAGCAACAGGACUGGAGACAGGGCGUCAUCUGUCACUUAGCAACAAGAUUGGCAGGGAGCAACACAGAUGCUUGAUGGUCAUGCGCAGUAGGCUUUGGAUGGCCUUUGCGGUAGGAGCUCAGGACGUCACCUCUCCGCUGAACUACAGCACCGUGCCCCGUCUCAGACCGGUCAGCGAUGGGGCGGGGAGUAGUCUCGCGGGGUGUCGUCUGUUUCAGAGCAAAGUUAAGGAUGAUGACACCAGAGUUGCUGGGUCCUGGAUUUAAAACAAUAAAAAUAGCUGGCAGAAUACACUAAAGCUUAACAUGGUCAUGAAUCUUAAAAGAAAACACUUGGGCUUGCAGACUUGAUAAAGAAGUGAAAUGACUGCCACCCCUCAUUUUCAAAGCCAUAUGUACAGAAGAACCCUAUGAAUGUAUCUCACUGAGGCUGGGGAAAGGUGCUUGUACAAAUGCAAUAUGAAUUCACUAGGGCUGAAAGGGAGCAGGUCAUUGUAUUACAAUACUAUUCGCCUUUUUCCCCUUUCAGCAAAGGUUUCCUAAAGUAGCUGCUACGUUGUUUUCCUAAUAAGACAAGAGUUGUGGCUGGCUUUAGACUCUCUUGCAUUAUAAGCCAAGCAAAAAAACAAACAAAAACAACCCCCAUAAUGCACUGUUUUUCCUCUCGGACUGGAAUGAUGGUUUGUAAUUAACAAAUGGAAGCCUUUUGGUUAUUCAUGUGUUUUGUAUAACCAUUUCAUUUUAUUGUGGAGAAAUGAAAUUGUUUACCAUAA